AUUUAUUCUAAUACGUUUAUGUAAUAAACUAUUUGCCAAAAUGUUGUUAAUAUUAGCGGGGUGAUUUAGCGUUGCCAGUAGUUGUGAGUGAUUCAUCAUGAACAGAGGAAGGCUAAGGCAGGUCCAUGUGGCAGUGGCCGGUGGCUUCGGCUCACUGAUCAUGGGGUCCGUUAACGUAUGGCCCUCAUACACAUCAGAAUACUAUUCCUCUAAUACAACAACACCUCUAUCAGCACCUAUGACGAAGGGCGAAGAGGCUUUACUGGGAAGUCUGCCCUCGUUAGGCGCAAUGAUUGGAACAGCCAUAGCUGGAUUCUUGAUCAAUCGUUUCGGAAGACGGAAUGGUGGAGUGAUUUUGUCGUUACCUUAUGUGUUAACGUGGGCCAUAAUAGGAGUAUCAACUUCAAUGAAACUUAUCCUGGCAUCGAGAUUUUUCGCUGGUAUUGCCGGCGGUGGUUUUCUCGUGUUAACACCAAUUUUCAUUUCGGAAGUAGCUGAAGACAGUAUACGAGGCGGUUUAGCAUCAGUGGCCGUUCUACUGUAUUGUUUGGGGACAUUCAUCUCAUACAUGGCUGGCUGGUUCCUGACUUACAAGUACAUCAUCUGGAUACAGCUGCUUCUCAGUGCAAUGGGGACUCUGCUUAUAUUUUUAGUUGUUGAGAGUCCUGUGUAUCUGCUCAAGAAUAAUAGAGAUGAAGAGGCAAGAGAAUCAAUGGCAAAGUUCCGAGGCGUAGAAGUGACGUCACCGGUAGUGAUAAAAGAAAUGACAAGAAUCAGGAAUCAGCUCAUGCCGGCUGUAGAGAUGAUAUCCAUAACCGAUACGGACCCAAAAGCAGAAGAAGCUGAAAAACAGAAGUUGAACUUGGAAGAGGCGAUGCCGGAGGUCCAGAAGAUGUCAGCUAUUAAACUUUUAUUUGUGUCACCUUCAUCUCGUCGAGGAUUCGUUGUCGUGUCGACUGUUAUAUCAAUGCAGGUGUUCAUGGGGAUCGUGCCAGUCCAGGUCUACUCUAAGACGGUGUUCACAGAGACAGACCCGGCGCACACCGACCUCUACUCGGUCAUCUUCUCUAUACUGCAGUUCUUUGGUACUUUAGUCACCACUUUGAUUGCUGAUAAGGCUGGACGAAAAAUUCUUUUGAUCUCCUCAUCCUUCCUGGUGUGCAUCAGCAUGGCAGGUCUCGGAGUGCUUCUUCAGAUGAACUCUGGUCCCGCAUGGCUCAUCAUAUGCCUGAUCAUGGUCUACUGCUUCUCUUUCAUGACUGGCGCCGGAUCCAUGCCCUACGUUCUUCUGGCUGAGAUGUUUAUCACUGAGGUCCAAAGUUUGGCAUCCAUGAUCAUCAUAGAGUGGGUCUGGUUCCUUAACUUCCUGAUCAUCGCCAUUUUCCCGUUCCUGGUGUCUUUGUUAGGAAUUUACGGAGUCUUCUAUAUUUUCUCAAUUGUAAGCUUGUUAAAUGCUAUAUUUUCCAUCUUUUUCGUACCAGAAACGAAAGGACUCUCAAAUGAACAGAUACAAGACGUGUUAAGAUCAAGAAAGAAGCAUUGAGAGUGUAAUUUAAUCAAGCGAAAGUGUGAAAGUGGAUUUAAGAUUUUCUUAUGUGGGUGAG